UGGCUCUCCACACAGUCCUAUUCAUCGUCUCUCUCUCUCUCUCAGAGCAAGCAAGCAAAACUGGUAAAGCUCACAACCGAGAACAUUGCUCUCUUCUAAUUUCGAAAUGGCGAGUCCGCCCUAGUCGCUUUCUGCAUGUACGCGCCGUUUGGAGGUCCGAUCGGUUCUAAACCUACCGCCGCCGCCGCCGGAGCCCAACCCGACCCUGAAAUGGCCUCAGCCGAGCAGUUGGUUCUCGAGCUCAGCAACCCUGAGCUUCGCGAAAAUGCUCUCCUCGAACUCUCCAAGAAGAGAGAACUGUUUCAAGAUUUGGCUCCAUUGUUAUGGAAUUCUUUCGGCACUGUUGCUGCUCUGUUGCAGGAAAUAGUUUCAAUAUACCCGGUUCUAUCCCCACCAAAUCUAACUCCUGCCCAAUCAAAUCGUGUUUGCAAUGCGCUUGCUCUUCUUCAGUGUGUUGCGUCACACCCAGACACGAGGAUGUAUUUCCUUAAUGCUCACAUACCUUUAUAUUUGUACCCUUUUCUUAAUACAACAAGCAAGUCAAGGCCGUUUGAGUACUUGAGGCUCACCAGUUUAGGUGUCAUUGGUGCCUUGGUGAAGGUUGAUGACACAGAAGUGAUCAGCUUCCUUCUCUCAACAGAAAUAAUUCCCCUGUGCCUGCGCACUAUGGAAAUGGGCAGUGAGUUGUCAAAAACAGUCGCCACGUUUAUUGUUCAAAAGAUUUUGUUGGAUGAUGUGGGCUUGGAUUAUAUUUGCACUACAGCAGAGCGGUUUUUUGCAGUAGGUCGAGUGUUGGGGAACAUGGUUGCAUCACUUGCUGAACAACAUUCAUCGCGUUUAUUGAAACAUAUUAUCCGCUGUUACCUUCGAUUAUCCGAAAACCCAAGAGCAUGUGAUGCUUUAAGAAGUUGUCUUCCUGACAUGUUAAGAGAUGCUACCUUCAGUGUUUGCCUUCGUGAAGAUCAAACUACAAGGAGAUGGCUUCAGCAGUUGCUUCACAAUGUUGGAGUUAGUCGGGUUCCUGGGCUUCAGGCUGGGGCAGGGUUUGAUCAUAUGAUGAUAAAUCAAUAGCCCAAAUUAACAACCUUGAUUUCUGAGUGCCAUCUGGUGCUUAUGCGUCAGAGAGGGCUGCAUAGGUCUUUCUUAUCUAGCUAAAUGCUAAUUGGCAAAUUCUAUCACUGUAAUUACAAAAUGUUGCAUCUGUAACUUGGGCUUGUAAGGUUUGCUUUGCCCACGUAUGACAUUUCUGGAAGUUGGGUUUGUUUUUAGAAGAAAUCAGCCCUCACCAUUCUACCAUCAUGUAUUAACUCUUCGAUUUGUUCAGUUCACAAUCCACGAGGCCAAGUUAUUGUGAAUC